AUGAAGACUCUUCAAGUUGUUCCUCAUACUGGCCUCGACACGCAGCAAGGAAUAGACCAGAUACCCAUCCUCACCUCCAUCACUCUCGACGCUGAACUCAUCCCUUUUCCAAACAGAACCUUACUGCCCUCCUUCGACACGAGUUCGUCAGCUGUGGAUGUGCCAACGCCUCCACCAUCGUUAGAAAAGGAGGUCGCUGAGUUAUGUGGCAAAUACCCUCCUUCUGAGGUCCUCAAGGUCUUAGCUGAAAUGUACCCCGAGGUUAUGAGUGAGUAUAUUCAAAGUCGGAUCGAUAGAGAAGUACAACUAGCAGUGGCUCGAGCAUUAAAAGAGGAGCGUAGUAGUAUGAAUGCGAGGAUGGAGGAGUUGAGGAAAGAGGAAGAGAUGAGAUGGCGGGAAAAGAUACACGAGUUGGAGGAGAAGAUGAUGAUGUUGGACAGCAGCACGAUGCGUACAGCAGCAGCAGCAGAAGUGGAGGAAAGCAGGGCACGUGUGGUGGUGGUGGAGGAGAGGCAGGAGGAAGAGGAGGUUAUGGAAGUUGGUGUGAUGGAGAUUAGGAGGGAACUGGAAACUAGUGAGAAAAGAUGCUCUGAUCUUGAGAAAUCUCUAGCAGAGGCAUUGGAAAAGUUGAGGGCUCGUGAAGAGGACUAUGGCAAAUUAUUGGAGGCUAAGAUGGCACUUGAGGAGACGAUGGAGAAAAAGUUGGCUGAGGAACGGGAGGCGGGGUUAGAGGCUAUGGUAGGGCAGACAGCGACUGAGGAAGAAGUGGCUGAGAUGAUGGAAAAGAAGCAAAGGGAAAUGGAUGGUAAGGUGUGGGCUAGAGCCGUUAUCGUGUAUACAUGUUUCAUGGGUGUGACGUCAUUAAAAGAUGAAUAG